UUUGAAGCUAUAUUGCUAUUGAUUUCUGAUCUGUUUUGUUUCUUGUUGGUUUAGAAAUGGAGAAGUACGAAGUGGUUAAGGAUUUGGGUGCUGGAAGUUUUGGUGUUACUAAACUUUUGAAGAACAAACACACCAAAGAGCUUGUUGUGAUGAAGUUCAUAGAACGUGGUCCUAAGGUUGAUAGUAAUGUGGGAAGAGAGAUUAUUGACCAUAGAUUGCUUCAGCAUCCAACUGUAAUUGGUUUUAAGGAGGUUGUUUUAGGGGCGACGCAUUUGGGUAUCGCGAUGGAAUACGCUGCUGGGGGAGAGCUUUUCGACAAAAUUUGCAAUUAUGGACGUUUUCACGAAGAUGCGGCAAGGUAUUUCUUCCAGCAAUUGAUUACUGGAGUCAAUUAUUGCCAUUCAAUGGAAAUAUGUCAUAGAGAUUUGAAGCUCGACUAUAUCCUUUUAGAAGAAAGCAAAGUCCCACGGUUGAAGAUCUGUCAUUUUGGCUAUUCCAAGUCAUCUCUUGUGGGUUCUCCAUCAUACGCUGCACCGGAGGUUCUAUCUCAAGAACACUAUGAUGGAAAGAUAGCAAACAUAUGGUCAUGUGGAGUUAUUCUGCAUGUUAUGUUGGUGGGUGCAUAUCCUUUUGAAGACCAAGAUGGUCCUAGAAACUUUCAGAAAAUUAUUCAGCGAAUAAAGGCUGCACAGUACAAAAUACCAGUCAAUGUUCGCAUAUCUCAAGAAUGUGGACACCUACUCUCUCGCAUCUUUGUUCGAAACCCAUCAAAGAGAAUUUCACUCAAAGAGAUCUUGAGUCACCCAUGGUUCCUAAAGAAUUUGCCAAGGGAACUGACACAAUCAGCCCAAGCGAUCUAUUGUCAGAGAAACAAUACACCAGCCUUCACUCUUCAAAGUAUUGAAGAAAUCAUGAAGAUCGUGGGGGAGGCGAGAAACCCACUCCCUUCUUCGUCAACCAUCAACAGCUUCAGAAGUGGUAUUGAAGAGGACGAUGAAGAAGAUAUGGAUAAUUAUGAAGCUGUUAAGGAGUUGGGGGCUGGAAAUAUCGGUGUUGCUAGACUUUUGAGACAUAAACACACCAAACAACUUGUUGCCAUGAAGUACAUAGAACGUGGUCCUAAGAUUGAUGAGAAUGUGGCAAGAGAGAUUAUAAACCAUCGAUCGCUUCAACAUCCAAAUAUAAUUCGUUUCAAGAAGGUUGUUUUAACUCCGACGCAUUUGGCGAUAAUGAUGGAAUAUGCUGCUGGAGGAGAACUUUUUGAAAGAAUUUCCAAAGCUGGACGAUUUAGUGAAGAUGAGGCAAGAUAUUUCUUUCAGCAGUUGAUUUCAGGAGUUGAUUAUUGUCAUUCCAUGCAAAUAUGUCAUAGGGAUUUGAAGCUGGAAAACACCCUUUUAGAUGGAAGCCAAGCCCCACGCUUGAAGAUCUGUGAUUUUGGCUUCUCCAAGUCGUCUGUGUUGCAUUCAAGACCAAAAUCAACUAUUGGUACUCCAGCAUACAUAGCGCCAGAAAUUCUAUCAGGACCAGAGUAUGAUGGAAAGUUAGCAGAUGUAUGGUCAUGUGGAGUUACUCUGUAUGUUAUGGUGGUUGGUGCAUAUCCUUUUGAAGACCAGAACGAUCCUAGAAACUACCGGAAACUUAUUCAGCGAAUAAUGUCUGUACAGUAUAAAAUACCAGACUAUGUUUACGUAUCUCAAGAUUGUCGACACCUUCUCUCUCGUAUCUUUGUCCAAAAUCCUUCAAGGAGGAUUUCAGUAAAAGAGAUCAAGAGUCAUCCAUGGUUCUUAAAGAACUUGCCAAGAGAAUUAACAGAAUCAGCCCAAGCCAUCUAUUACAAUAGCGAUAACCCAAGCUUCUCUGUUCAAAGUUUUGAUGAAAUCAUGAAAAUCUUGGGGGAAGCGAAAACCCCGCUCCCACCAUCGACAACUGCCAAAGGCUUCAGAUGGGGAACUGAAGAAAAGGAUGAUGAAAUGCAAGAAGAAGAGGAGGAAGAAGAAGAUGAUGAAGACGAUGAGUAUGUUAAGAGGGUGAAAGAAGUUCAUGCGAGUGGAGAAUACUUAGUUAGAAACAGAACAUAACAUGGAGUCGUGCGUUGUUAUAAUAUUGUGGUUCGUUGUUGUUAUGUACACAUAGUCGUGUUAAAGUGUCAGUCAAUGUUGACAUGUUUAUAUAUAUGUGGUUGUGAUGGAUGGGGUCUUUUGCAAUAUAGUUAUAGAGACUUGAUUGCCACAAUGGUUUGAUUAGUUAGGACACCCAUAGAGCCAAUGAUGUAGGCGAUUUUCUUGCGAAUAAUGUGUGACAGAUAGUGCCACACUAUGUAAAAGAAAUGUGAAUUAUGUAGGAUAUGUCCCCAGAUUCAUUUCAGGUUAUUUAGUUGAAUGUUUUGAUGCUUCAAAAUUGGUGUUCAACGCCAUAACAGAGGAAGAAUUAAAAAGUUGUAUUGCGUCGUCUAGUCUGAGUUUCAAAGUCUUGAAUUGAAUGCGGCUUCCACAAAGCACACGAAGGAUGAAAAGAUUUGGCCUCAACAUUUCUUCACAAUGGAUGUGCUUAAAUAUUUCUACUUAUGGAUCUAACUUGUGCUUAACAUUAAAGAUUGAAUAUUAAUUAGUAUUCCAUUUAUAAUUUUCUUUC